CACACAAUUCGAACUGAAAAUGAAGAAAUCAGGUCUCUCCCACGCACUUAUAAAUAAGUGUAGAGGUGGUUCAGGAAUUGCAUAGUUCUGUGAAGGAGGAAGAUGAAGUGCUACAAAAUCCAGUUAUUGGUCACGCUUUCAUUCAUUCUUUUGCUUCCAAACACCAAAGGAUGGGGAGAAGAUGGCCACGCCAUAGUUUGUAGGAUUGCUCAGUCUCGCCUCAGCGAUUCAGCAGCAGAUGCUGUGAAAAAUCUGCUGCCAAAAUAUGCACAAAACGACUUGGCGAGCGUGUGUUCAUGGGCUGAUCGUGUCAGGUUUUAUUUGCACUGGUCUUCUGCAUUGCACUUUGCUGAUACCCCAGACAAGCUUUGCAAUUUUCAGUAUGACAGGGAUUGCAAGGAUCAGGAUGGUGAGAAGGGAAGAUGUGUUGUGGGAGCGAUUAAGAAUUACACAGACCAGCUCCUGGACUAUGGCAAAGACACUCAAUAUAACCUCACACAAGCUCUUCUUUUCCUCUCUCAUUUUAUGGGAGAUGUACAUCAGCCUCUACAUGUGGGAUUUACCUCUGACAAAGGAGGCAAUUUAAUUAACAUUCACUGGUACAGAAGGAAGCAAAAUCUUCACCAUGUUUGGGAUGUCAACAUAAUUGAAACAGCCGAAGAAAGAUUCUAUGACUCAGACAUAAAUAGCUUCACCAAAGCCAUUCAACAGAAUAUAACGAAAACAUGGUCUGAUCAAGUACGCGGAUGGGAAACCUGCAAUUCUAAGGAAACUACUUGCCCAGAUAUAUAUGCUUCUGAAGGCAUUCAAGCUGCCUGCAAAUGGGCAUAUAAAGAUGCUCCUGAAGGUUCAGUGCUAGAAGACGAUUACUUUCUAUCACGUUUGCCAGAGGUCAGUUUGCGAUUAGCUCAAGGAGGAGUUCGAUUGGCUGCAACUCUCAAUCGUAUUUUUGGCUGAUGUAACAUGUUAUGGAAUGUCUUUAGCAAAAUGUAUAUUCAUUGGAAGAGAAUAAAGUUUGCAGCAAUAAUUGUACUCUA